CUCACAUCUCUCUCUCAUACGCAGAAUAUGGACAAAACACAAACUUGGUGUUGAAGAAACCCCAAAACGCAGCGUUUUACUCAGAAGAAACCAUUUAACUAUGGCUUCUACUUCUACUACCUUACUUCCUUCUACUUCAACCCCAUUUCUUGAUUGUUCUUUCUCAACUUCUUCAAGACACAAUCUCCAAUCUCUAUCAUUCUCCUCUUCACCAACACUCGGAAACAAGAAACCAAACCUCUGUUCUGUUUCUUCCUCCGUCACUAAAACCUUCUCCAUCUCUUCUUCUCUCCAUUCUCCGGCGACAUAUCAACCACCGUCUUGGAAGAAACUAUGCAACGAAAUAACCUCCUUAAUCCCCAAAACAACGAUACAGAGAACCGCCGCUACGAUCUUAGACGCGGUGGAAAACGCCAUGGUCUCUCACGAGCUCCGCCGUCAUCCCCUACCCAAAACGGCUGACCCCGCCGUGCAAAUCGCCGGAAACUUCUUCCCGGUCCCGGAGCAGCCAGUCAAGCAUAAUCUCCCGGUGACCGGAACAGUACCGGAGUGUUUACAAGGAGUUUACGUCAGAAACGGAGCUAAUCCGCUUCACAAACCAAUCUCCGGUCACCAUUUAUUCGACGGAGACGGUAUGGUUCACGCAGUCCGGUUUAAUAACGGUUCGGUUAGUUACUCUUGCCGGUUUACGGAAACAAACCGGUUUAUUCAAGAGAGAGAACUCGGCCGGUCUGUUUUCCCUAAAGCGAUAGGUGAGCUUCACGGACACUUGGGGAUCGCUAAGUUAAUGUUAUUUAACGCACGUGGGCUAUUCGGUUUACUUGACCCGACCCGAGGACUCGGUGUGGCUAAUGCCGGUUUAGUCUAUUUCAACGGUCAUCUCUUAGCCAUGUCCGAAGACGAUUUACCAUACCACGUAAAAGUCACCCAAACCGGAGAUUUAGAAACUUCGGGUCGGUACGAUUUCGACGGUCAGCUAAAAUCAACAAUGAUCGCCCACCCGAAAAUCGACCCGGAAACCCGCGAACUAUUCGCGCUAAGCUACGACGUCGUUUCGAAGCCUUACUUAAAAUACUUCAGAUUCUCAUCGGACGGUCAGAAAUCCCGCGACGUGGAGAUCCCGCUCGAGCAACCGACGAUGAUCCACGACUUCGCGAUCACCGAGAACUUCGUGGUGGUUCCGGACCAGCAAGUGGUGUUCAGGUUACCGGAGAUGAUCCGCGGCGGCUCUCCGGUGGUUUACGACAAGAACAAGAAAUCAAGAUUCGGUGUUUUGGACAAGUACGCUGAAGACGCUUCGUCGAUACGAUGGAUCGAAGUGGAAGACUGCUUCUGUUUCCAUCUCUGGAACGCGUGGGAAGAGGCGGAGACUGACGAGGUUGUCGUGAUCGGGUCAUGCAUGACGCCACCUGAUUCGAUAUUCAACGAACACGACGAAACACUUCAGAGUGUUUUGUCGGAGAUAAGACUAAACCUGAAAACAGGGGAAUCCACGCGUCGACCGGUUAUCUCCGAAAAAUUAAAUCUCGAGGCCGGUAUGGUAAACCGAAAUCUUUUAGGUAGAAAAACCCGGUUUGCUUACCUUGCUUUAACCGAACCGUGGCCUAAAGUGUCCGGUUUCGCGAAAGUGGAUUUAUCUACCGGAGAAGUUUAUAAGUAUAUAUACGGAGAGGGGAAAUACGGAGGAGAGCCUCUGUUUAUGCCAGAGGGUUCUGGUGACGUUGGAGAAGACGGUGGUUACAUUAUGGUGUUUGUUCACGACGAGGAGAAUGUGAAAUCGGAAUUACAAAUCAUAAAUGCUGUUGAUUUGAAGCUUGAAGCUACGGUUACACUUCCAUCGAGAGUGCCUUACGGAUUCCACGGAACUUUUAUUAGUAAUGAAGAUUUAUUGAAGCAAGCUUUGUGUUAA